AUGUUAAAUGACCGUGCUCAAACGCCGACUACACAAGAACAACAGACAUUGUAUAACGAAUUCAUUCUAAUGUACGGUACACAUUAUAUCUCUCGAGCUAUUGUGGGUGGAAGAGCUAAUAUCUAUACAUUUAUGAACAAAGAUUAUGUCAAGAAAUAUUCUCGGGAAGAGCUCAAUGAACAAUUAGGAUGGAGCGUUCAAAUAUCUGGAUAUGAAGAACUGCUCAAUGAUUUAUUUGGUCCAGAUGAUCCUUAUCCGCCAACACAGCCCCGUACCCCUAUACCUUAUAGUAAUUACAAAAUCUUACCGUCUCGUGGUACCAACAGAAGCCCGUCCCCUCGUGGUAGGCGACACGUAAACGAGGAAACAACAACUGAGUUUCGGGAGAAUUCAUACAGCCGAAGUGAUUAUCUCCCUUCAGUUAAAAGUCACGGUGACUCUCAAUCGACUUGGAGCACUUGGUUAGCUAAUGUCGCCAAACAACCAGUUGUCAUAAACCGAACAGUGUCAUUAAUAUCAAAUUUACUAUAUAAAUAUCCACAAGUCCAAAAGCAUUUACGUUUAACGAUUGAUUAUUAUAUUAAAAAUGGAAAGCUGCCAACUUUGUUUCAGUUAACGUGGGGAAGAACAUCAAAGUCACUGCCAUUAUCUUUGUCAUCAACAGUAGGACCCAUUCCAGGGUUAGAUGUCGUCGGGUGUGGAUAUGAUAUUUUUGCUUUAGAGACAAAAUUGUGUUUAUUAGAUAAAACAAACAUGACCGAACAGGAACAGUACACGGAUCCACUAAAUUCUACAAGAACCUAUUCACUACCAAAUGGAUACUUUGCUAUCAAUACACCACGAUCGUUUUCGAUAGAUGGUACCAUACUCAUCACGUCUGUCGAAGGUUACUUUCGUAGUACGCGAUCUGUAAGCGAAACAAGCAAUCCUGGCUUUUUCGGUUUGGGUGCAAGUUAUCAACGAACAGAAACCAGAUCACUGUACCGACGUUUUUAUCAAGAAUAUUAUAAUUUAGCGUUAACACUAAAACAAAUAAUGUGGUAUACAUUAUCUGUAACCACAUAUCCUUAUCCGAAACUAAAUUCUGUUGCAAAACUAGCUUUUGCACAGCUUCCAUCAGAG